UCACCUCGCUACGAGGUAAGUUUUACCUUAUUUGGAUUUACCUUUCUUUCUAGGUGAAUUAUACUUUUUGAUUCAGCUCAAUUCAGGUGAACUUCACCUCGCUACGAGGUGAAAUUUACCUUUUUUGGAUUCACAUUUUUUCUCGGUGAAUUGUACCUUUUUUCAUUCUUCGUUUCAGGUAUAUUUUACCUCGCUGUGAGGUGAGUUUCACCUCGAAUAGGUAGAAGUUACCUUUUUGGCUUUUGCAAGCAUUCACCUUUGCUGUCUCGGUAAAUUUUACCUUUUUAUUAUUUUCCGUGUAUAUUUCUCUUGCACAAUACUCAAUCCCAACUCCGACAUGAGACAUUGAAUAAAUUUUUAAAGGUGUCCCGUUCCAUAUAGUAAAUAAAUUCAAUUUUUAUUUAAUUUUUAAAUUCACCAAUAAAUGUAGCUAGAUAUUCAUAAUAUGAAUAAAUCUUGGAAAACGUUUGAUGAGCUUAAAACUUCUCCUGGAGCGAGAUUAAGAAGGACACAGCUCCCGAAAAACUUUUCCAUCAGAUCUACUUCGAGCCUCAAUGCAUCGCGUGUUAUUUCUUGUCUCAAAAAAACCGAAGGACAUUCUCAAACUUUGGUCAAGAGGAAAACGGGAGUGUUAUCAGCUUCAAACGUUGAGUAUAAUUAUUUUCAGAAUUCCAAUAAUUCGACUCUAAUCGAAGAUACUUCCGUUGAAGAAAUUUCCGAAAGUUAUCACAGUGAUCAGGAAAAUUAUCAUACACACAACAAUAUCUCUCCGACAUCUUUCAACAGGACAGCAAUCACACAAGAAGAAUCGGAUCUCGAAGAUCUUCCCGAUGAUGAAUCUCUGGACGUUGAAAACAUUCCAGAGACAGACGAAUCUGACGGCGAUGACUCUGACUGUCAAUCGAUUCAUUGUAAACGGAUUAAAACAUGCCGGUUAGAUUUUCAGAGUAAAAAAAGUUCACGCUGCGGUAAAAGGAUCACCGAUGAUUCGUUGAUAGUUGCCAGCGCAGUUGAGAGAGCAGCGACCACGGAGAAAUCAUCCAGUUGGAUUAUGCCCAUGUUCUCGUCCAACAAACAGGGAUCGUAUAUUCCGAAAACACCGAUCAACAAGAAACGGUCGAGCUGGCAGAAGUUGAACGAAACGUUUAAAAGCUCCCCAAAGAUUGCUGGAGACAAGAAAAGUCCAUCUCAACGAAAAUGGUCAUCAUUAUCAGAAACAUUCCAGGACAAUGAUUCUACUAUGAUUGAACAGUUUGAACCGUCUCCCCAAUUUCCUGGACCGAAAGAAUUAAAAGAACAAACAUCCGACGAAACGGUUGGUUACUUCUAUGAAACUGGGCCGAGUUCUACAACUUCUCCAACUUCUUUGUUACGAAUGAAAUACCGAAAGGAUUGUCCCAUUUCGCAACUUCAGAUGGUUUUGAAAGAGAAAAACUCAAGGCAGGUUUUUUGGCUUCACGAACGCCAAAUGAGAGGAAAUGUACGCGUCAUAAGAGUCGAGUCAGUGGAAAAACUAUUCGGUCGAAUAAUUCUGGGUUUCCACGAUAAUGAUAAGGAUGAUACAGAUACGAAAGUCGAACAUUUUAUCUAUUUGGAUCCGGCUGAAAAGCAGCUCCAAUAUUUGGCAAAGGGAUCGCUAUUAGAUAUUGAGUUUGACUUAGAACCGCACAGAAUAAGUAAACGUAAAAUUGUCCAUUUGGGCGUAUCGAAGAUUCGAGUUCAUCAAUACCAAACUUAAUGAUUUGUUAUUGUUAUAAUCAUGAUGAUAUAAAUGCAGAGAACGCAUCCGAUACUUCUUGAUGAGAAAUGUCAUAAAAAUUAUGUUCCUUGUAAAAAAUUUGCAAAAUUCUGAGAGAGAUUAAAUAUAUAAUAUAUAAAAAACAAGAAAAUAUUUCGGAACAAAUAAAUUCGGGUUUACCUUA